UGAUGUCUGGAGCUCUGCUCUCUCCAGGAGCUCCGGCAGCACUCCGAGCCUCCCGCGCCUCCAGCUGCUACCGCACCUCCAGCCUCUAGUCUGACCAACCCUCCCGCUCGCUUUUUCACGGAGCCCCCACUUCUAGCCCUUACCCUCCCCCAGCCCCGGGGGAGCCGGGCGCCGGCGCGGGCGGCACACGGGUCAACCUCAGCCCUCCCGGGCAGAGGCGCGGAGAAAGGACCCUCCCCACUACCUCCCCCACAGGCCCCGAGGGUGCCUCAGAAGUUAUCCACAGGCAGUUUGGAGUGGAAAAGUGAACCCCAGCGGAGAGAGAGCGGGAGCGAGAGCCCCGCAGCCCCAGCCCGAUCAUGCCCCAGCUGGGCGGAGGCGGAGGCAGCGGGGACGACCUGGGCGCUACAGACGAGAUGCUAGCCUUCAAGGAUGAGGGCGAGCAGGAGGAGAAGAUUCCCCAGGGGGGCUUCCCCGAGCGGGAUCUGGCUGACCUCAAGUCCUCGCUAGUCAACGAGUCCGAAGGCGCGGGCAGCAGCGGCCAAGCCGGGAGCGGCCCGGGCCAGACAGAGGCGCUCCGGAGAGCUCAGAACUCCCAGAGGCUGUAUCAGGACAAACUCCCAGAUGCCUUGGAAGAAGGCCUCAAGGCCCAGGACGGCAGCGGCGUCGGGAUGUACAAAGAGUCUGUGUAUUCGGGCUACAAUCUGCUGGUGCACUACCCGGCCAACGGAGUAAGUGCAGGAGCUGGAGCUGGAGCCGGAGCAGGAGCCGGGUCUGGGACAGGAGCCGGAGCCGGGACUGGAGCUGGAGCGGUCUCCGGAGCUGGGCAGCCGCUGCACGCCAAGCCUGGCCAGCCCUCCCAUGGAGUUCCCCAGAUCACACCCCUCUAUGAACAUUUCAGCUCCCACCAGACACACGUCUCUGCUGACAUCAACCAGAAGCAAGGUGUUCACCGCCCAUUACAGACCACCGACAUCUCCAGUUUCUACUCUUUAUCUCCAGGUGGUGUUGGACAGAUCUCUCACACCAUGGGCUGGGCGAGCCCACCUCUCUAUCCCCUCCCCCCUUCCUGUGGAUAUAGACAGCACUUUUCGACUGCAGUCUCCCCGGGGGCACCUUACCCUAGGUUCACCCAUCCAUCUCUGAUGCUGGGCUCAGGCAUGCACACCACUGGCAUCCCCCACCCAGCCAUUGUGCCCCACUCUGGAAAGCAGGAGCUACAGCACUACGACAGGGGCCUGAAACCUCCAUCAGAAGCCAAGCAGGAGAAAGAAGCUAAGAAGCCAACCAUUAAAAAGCCCUUGAAUGCAUUCAUGCUGUACAUGAAGGAGAUGCGGGCCAAGGUCAUCGCAGAAUGCACACUCAAAGAGAGCGCAGCCAUUAACCAGAUCCUAGGGAGGAGGUGGCAUGCGCUAUCUCGAGAGGAGCAGGCCAAGUAUUACGAAUUGGCCCGAAAGGAACGGCAACUCCACAUGCAGCUCUAUCCCGGCUGGUCAGCCCGAGACAAUUAUGGGAAGAAGAAGAGGAGGUCAAGAGAAAAGCAUCAAGAAUCUAACACAGGGGAGAAGUUGAAAGGGCUGGAGGAAUGCCUCUCUACACUCCAGGUUACCAGGGAGAAUGAAGUGUUCCUUGAAAGCCUAGAAGAAGGGCUACAAGGUGACAGCUAUCAACUUACCCAAAGACUGGAACUGGAAACUUUACAAGUAGAUCGUCUUAUGAAAUCACCACAAUUCUCACUUACCCAAGACCUUUCUUCCCUGAGGACCACAGUGCUUCUCAGUUAACUGACAUCUUUUUGGAUGAGGGCAGGAGCUACUCAGAGACAUCAAAGCCCAUUCUACCCACACAAAUGGUAAUGAGACUGGGACCAGAACUUCAACCUUCUGGACAUAAAUCAGGCAGGCAGUUUAAACACAGCAGAACAGUAUCUUUGGCAUAUUUCAUAGACCUGAAGAUAUAACAUCAUACCAGGGCAAAUCUAACUAUAUAUAAUAAAAUGGUACAUAGCACUAUGAAUUAAGAGUCGGAGUACUUGAAUUCUUAUCCCAGCUCCUUCAGUAGCAUAAUAGUAUAAAAAACAUGCAGUAUGUCUCAUCUGAACUAACAAAACAACUCUAGGUGUUUUCCCAAGAAACUCAAACUUCCUAGAAAAUAUAAUCUGUGGCAUCAUAAUACAGCAAAACACUAAAAUUUUAAUUCAACCUAAAUUUAAAAUUAUUUUUAAGUGUUGGCAAUGGAGGCAGUGUACUACAAUCACUAAACGUGAGGUCAGAAGACAUGAGUUUGAAGCCCAGCUCUACUUAGUUACCUUUGUGACCAAAUUAAGCAACAUUACCUCCCCCUUGGCCUCAAUUUUCUGCUCUGUAAAAUGAUGGAAACUAGACUAAAUACUAUGUAAAAUGCCAUCUAGCUCUAAAUUCUAUACAGCUAUAAAUUUAAAGCAUGCUCUCAGCAUUAGUAGAAGCAAACCCCCAGGAUUCAAAAUUAUAAUAAGGAUCCCACUUCUUAGUUCAAGAAAGGUACAUGUGAUCUUAAAUCACUUCCCAAUGAGCUGUAGCCAGCCAGAAAAACCAACAGAAAUCUGCAGGAAAGGGAAUGGAAACAAAACAGACAUCAUUACACUACCUUUGUAAAAAUCUGGGGUAGGGCUAUCCAUGCCCAAGAGCUUAUAUAUGAUCUAAUCUGAAACCUCCAGGAAAAUGGGAAAUAAGUAGGAAAAGUCCAAAGCAGGAAAGUUAAAAUAACCCAAGAGACAGAGGAACAAUCCCUGGGAAGACAGACUACAAAAAUGCAUUGAUUUUUGGCCUUUCCAGGUAACGAUCAUAGAAGUCUACAAAAAUCAGAAAAGAAAAAGAAUGGGAACAGAGUUCUUCAACAAAUUUUAGGUACUAGGAAAUGUAAGGUCCCCAAAGCUUGGAAAAAUGUAGUAGGCAGAGUAAUUUAUGGAAUCCAUGACCCUUAAAAAAGUGAGGACAUACUGAAAAUAUAUACAGUUUCAAACAAUAUAUCUAUAAAUCCACAGAUGAAAUAUAAGGGAAACUUCAAUUUGGAGGAACCAUGAUAGACAAUGACAUCCCUCCCAAACAACAAUCCUCCUGUUACCAUGUGGAACACCCCCUCUCUCCCCAAACCCUCCCGGGGUUCAUUUCCUACUUUUGUGCCUUAUUUCUGAUACACAAGAUCCAAGCAGCCUUUUAAAGCUCUGCACAGAUGCUCUUUUAUGAACCCUUCCCUAAGGGCACCAAGACCCAACCAUACUUACUUUUCUCUGUACCUCUCUUGUAAUUUACCGCAGUCUGCCCUGUAGUAUUCAAUGACUCAGCUCAAAAGACAUUAUUGAAGUACUAUGAUAUGCAAGGCACUACACUAAGCUGUGAGAAUUAAAAGACAUUUUUUAAAAAAUCUGCCCUCCACUUACUUCAUGCAACAAACUGAAUACAAGGUAAUUUGAGGAAGGAGAACAACACUAACCACAGCGAUCAGAAAAAAUGACAUUAAGGUUUGAAGAUAAAGAUAUUAUGAAAGGCAUAAAUGAGCAUUCAAGGCAUGGACUUCUUAUGCACAGAGAUGGGAGAUGGAAGGUCAAUAUGGGAAAUAAACUAGUAGUUCAGCUUGACUGAAAUGUAGACUAUGAAAGUGAUUUUAAAUGAAAUUAAAUGUCAUCGUUUCAUCUUUGUUUUCUCAGUGCCUUGAGCCUACAAAUAGAUGAUGCUAGAAAGCUGCUGUAUUUGGGGGGGGGGGUUGGAAAGUUGCUGAAUUUUAAUAACAUUAAAAUAAACAUAGCUAUGAAAUAUUAAUGAAAGGGAAGUAGAUGUAGGAUGGAAAUCGAUAACAUAAUAAAGGCUUCAAGAGUAAUUUGAAAGCAACUGCUUAAGCUAGUAUAAACUAUGUAAACUGAAGCCUUUAACUGUUUUAAGUAUCCAUACAGGGAAGAUGUAAAGUAAAACGCUCCUUAGUUUUCUAUCUUCUCCCUCUCUUUCUCACUCACCUCAGGAUUACCUUAAUCACACUAACUUGAAAAUCUUAGUAAUCACUGACUCUUCUUUUUCCACUGAUGUGUACUUUCCGGAAUUCUCAUAUAUACUUCUCUUGUCUAUAAAACCUAGACAAGAACAAUAGUUACCUGAGCUCCUUCCUUUCACCUACACUUCACUUACCCUCCAGCUGAUCCAAAAUGAACUUCUUUCCCCUGCUUCCUGUGGUAACUGACAUCCCUAUUCAAUCUAGUCUUGCUGGUCAGACUUUCUACCAGAGCUACCAGGGCCUAAGAGCCUUCCUUAAUUUCCACCUCUUGAGAGGCAAAAUGAAAUUGGGAUAAUGUAGGCAGAAAUUAUAAAUGCCGAGCCAGAGCUAGUAGUAAUGGGAAUGAAGUGAAUGAGAGAAUUAGACAAAUUCAGAGAUUUCAGCUUAGAUAAUGGAAAAGGGAAGUCAAUAGAAAAACCGGUCUUCAGGAAGGAUGGGAACAAGGAGGAAAAGAAGGAAUCCAUGAGUUUUGAAUAUAUUGUUUAAGGUUAUCAGGCUACAAAAGCAACAAGGCACAAAUGGUCAGCAGUCACGGAAAUGUUUUUGGAGCAGAAGAGGUCACAGAUGGAGUUUCAGAUCUGAAUCAUCUGCAUAAAGGCAGGGUUUAGAAUGGAUUUGAUUUUAAAGAAGAGAAAGUCAAAGAUAGUACCUUUGGUUAAUGCACAGAGGAAAAGAAAAGUGAACAUACACAGAGCUCUUGGUCCAGGGUGUUAGAAUGAUCAGCAAUUUUAGUUAUACACAUACACACACACACACACACACACACACACACACACACACACACAUAUACAUAUACACAUAUACAUAUACACACACACAAGCACAUAGAAUAAGGUCACUAACUCAGGGAAGAUGAUAUACUAAUCCAAAGGCAGAAUUAAACUUAUUUUGCUUUUAUUUCCUUUGGCAAGAAUGAUAUUUGUAGUAGAAAAACCAAUUAGCAGAAAGCUGAAAGUAUGUCAAGAGAGAAACACCUAACCACUCUUCAUGAGUUCAAAUCACCUGGCCCAGAAAAACAUAUUAUUAAACCAUUCAGUAAUGUUCUAGACUACAAGAUAUAUGCCCACAGGACUGAAGGAGGGCAAAUCUCUCAUUUACAAACUAUAUGUUAACAAGCUCACUGACUCCAAUUCCUGGAAAUUUUCUAAUACAUAUUAAAGGAAGUAUCAGUGACCAUAUGGAAAAGGAAAUAAUGACCACAAACUGCUGGCACGGUUGCAUCAAAAAGAUAUCAUGAAAACUGAAAUCUUUUCUUUUUUCAAAAUUCCAUCAACAGGCAUUUAUUAAGCUCCUAUAUAUACCCGGUACUCUGCUAAAUUCUGAGAGCUAUAUUACAAACAAUCCCCACCAAAGAGCUCACAUUCUAAUAGGAAAGAGAACACAUACAUGUAAACAUACACAGGACAAAAACAGAAGCUUGCAGUAGUAGCUAGGGAAGAAGGUGGCGACCUUUGUAGCUCCCAUCUCCCAGAUAAGGAGCAUCAAUACAUUUCUCACAGAGCCCUUGACACUAAGUUGUUAAGUUUUGAAGGAAACCAAGUAAAGGUGAGGAGGGAGAGCUCACAAGGCCAGUGCAAAGGCUGGGAGAUAGGCAAUAACGUGGCUGUGAUAUGAUUAAGGAAACUGGAAAGGUAUGUCUUACUUAUCAGACACAGCAAAUCUGAAUUACAACAGUGUAUUUGAAAUCUCUCAUGAUUUUGAGAAACAAGAUGGAGAGACCUGAGAAGACAGUUAUUAGAAAGGGCUGAAUAUUCAACUCAAAAAGUCAUUAAUAACAUUAAGGGUCAAUGCUAAGUUUGGAGGGAGGUCUCUGGGGGAACGGCUCAAGGAUCAGUCUAUGCUUGGCCCUAACAUUCUUAUCAAUGAUGGGAAAAAAAUUAAAAAUGGCAUGAUCAUGAAACCUGGAAAAGACAAAAAGCUGAGGAAGAAUAACUAACAUUAUGAAUACUCAACCCAGGAUUAAAAAAAAAAACAGAACUCCAAAUAGGAUUAAAAGAGGAGUCAAAAUCUAGUAUAAAUAUUAAGUCCUUCACUUGUGAAGAAUUUUUUUCAAAGGAGUCAUGAGGUUGAUAAGAGUACACAUAAAAAAGACCUAGGCAUUUGAAUGUUGAACUAGGACUACGCAUUGCAAGGUUGAGUAGAGCUUGGUCAGAAUGGCUUACUAAAAGUCCUUCCAACAGAAAUCAAUAAGAAUAUUGAUGUCACCAAGGAAAAGUGCAAGGGUUGGGAUGAAGACGACUAAGUCACCAGUGGCUGAAUCCAUCAAAAAGUGAAGAAAAAUAACUUAUCACAUCAGUAAACUAUGAGCAACAAAAAUCUGAAUGGGUUCAUAUAACCUGAUUAGAGUUAUAUCAAAGGAGAAGAGAGGUUGUUGAGUGACUGAUUACAGCAAGAAGAGGAUUGAAACAUAUGUUGUCUCUUCUUGGCAUAUAUGUUGCUUUGAGAGGUACAUUCAAAGCUUAGAAAAAGAGAGGCAAAGCAUGUGUUAUCUUUGAGAAAAAGCCUGGUAUCAAUUAAUAUGGAAAUGAGAGAAACAUGAGAAAAGAUCACGGCUGAAGAAACUGUUAACAAUAGAGGGGGCCAAAGGGAGGAUUCCAAAGAAUAUCAGGGAAGGGAGAAGUUGAAAUAGAUAGGGACAAAUGUGAGGAGAUAAAGGAAAAUGACCUUUGAGGAGAAUAGCUCUGGAUACUGAAAAAAAAAAAGGCAGCAAUUUGCUAGCUAUUAGACAGGGGGAAAGUAGUCCCCCUACUCUGGCGGUCAGUGAGAAAGCUGAUAUGAAAAAGACCUCUAGAUACUUACCCACUAAAAUGUGAGAAGGUAAAAACAGGCUUAUAACUAGGAAAGUCGUAAAGGUGAUGGUGGCCUUCUGUAACUCUCAUCUCUCCCAGAUGAGGUAUAUUUCUUGCAGAACCCAUUAGCCCACAACCUUUAACACAUGAGAGAACCACUACUUUAAAAUCCCCCAUCACUAAGGUACUUAAUAACUGAAAUCAACUUUUAGUUGUUUUUUUAACAUUUGCAAUGGGUAACUUUUUUAAAACACUGAGUUAAACUCAUUUCACAAAUAAGUAGUGAGAUAAAUUUUUCCCCCAAAAUGGGAAUACUGAUUAUAAAAGGAUCACCACACCAUCUGGAUUAAGUGUCUUGUUUAAUUAUGAAAAGCUUAACAACUUUAUCUAGUUCACAUUUCUGCCAAAUAACCACAAGCUGCUUGCUGGUUAGUAACUGGGCCUCCAGCGAGCAAAAAACACUCAAGCUUGACAGCAUUCAAAACAGACACAUCCAAUUUCAGGAGGCCUGCUUGCUAUAUAUUGCAGGGUGAGUCUAAAAAUCUACACCAGUAGUUCUCUACUUUUUCACUCUGAGGAAUUGGAAAAAAA